AUGGAGUCCCACGAUGCGGCCCAACCGCAGAACCGCGCGACCGCGCUGAGUUCCUCGUACAAGCGGGCGAGUCGCAAAGGAGCGCCGCGUCGCUUCGCCUGCGAGUAUCCCGGUUGCGAUAAGUUGUACUCGAGAGCCGAGCAUCUCCAGCGACACCAACUGAACCACGCCCCUAAGGAGAUAUACCGUUGCGACGUUGCCGGGUGCGCCCAGAAGUUCGUCCGGGCCGACCUCCUGGCGCGUCACAGGAAACGGCACUCGGCUUCGUACAUUCCCCGAAACCGCAUGCCGAGUUUCAGCGCGACGACGGACUCUUCGCCCCCGACGACUGUUAUAUCACCGACGACGACUGGGCCCAACGGCCGCCCUGCUGUCCCUCCGCGGGCCCCGCACGACGCCGCGAUAUUACUGAGCCCGGACUCGGCCUCACAGCCAUCACCGUCGCUGCCCAAUCCGAACCAGCGCAGUAUGAACCAACAUGGCGGCUGGCACACUCAGCUGCCCAACAUGGGCACCUCCAACAUGAUCCGGCAGAAACCGGGUUACUACCCGCAACAGGAACAGCGCAUGCCCGAGCAGCCCGCGGCGUUGUCGUACCACUCCGGCGAGUUCCAGCCGGAUGAUAUGCGCGAGAACUUCGCCGUAUGGCUCUUCAACCCGCAUGCGCCCUACGGCGACUUUGGUGUCUCGCACGUGCCGUUCAUGGACGGUGGGUUGGAGUCGACGCUGAACAACAACAUUCACUACGACUAUGAGUCGUUGACGAGCGGACGGUCGCAGCUGGAGACCCCUACUCGGUUCGCUGAGACGGAUGAGUUGCUGGCGGAGUUCCGGCAUCAGGAGAUUCUCCGGUGGUUCCAGGUCUUCCGGCAAAAGCAGCCCAAGGCCGAGCCGCUGGUCGCGAACCUGGUGCACGAUGGAAGCGGGGAUAUCCCGGCGUUGGGUCUGGAGAUGAUGCGCGACUGUCUGCAAGAGUACUGGGACCGCGUGUCGCCCCGGCUGCCCAUCGUCCAUCAGCCGACGUUCUCGUGCAACCGGUGUUCGAUCUUUCUGGUCAUGGUCAUGGUCGCGCUGGGGGCUGUGUCGCUGCGCACGCGCGACACGACGGGGAACCUGGCUGAUUACGGCGGGUUUGCGGACCUGAUCAUCUUGGGAGUGCGGUCAGAAAUCCUCACGGCCGAGGACGCCCAACCGCCUGUUUCGCUGUGGGUCUCGCAGGCGCUCCUGUUACUCGAGUUUUAUGAGAAGAUGUGGUCGUCCCGCCGCCUGCACGAGCGCGCCCACAUCUACCACUCGGUAGCGUUAACCCUGCUACGGCGUGGGAGUCCCCUGAUCGGCCGUUCCGGGAGCGAGUCACCUCCCGAAGAACCCUCCGCCGAGCAACCGCAGGGUGUCACGCUUGACUCGCACACAUGGUGGUGCCGGUGGGCUGAAACGGAAGCGAUGCAUCGGGUGGUGUUUGCGGCGUUCAUGAUGGACGUGAUCCACGCGGCCAUGUUCGGGCACGCGGCGGACAUGGCGCCGCACGAAAUCCGGUUACCACUUCCCUGCGACGACAACAUGUGGACAGCGUCGAACCCAGACACGGUCCGGCAGUUGGACCAGAACCUACGGAUGUACGGCAUCCGGCCGAUCUCGUUCCUCGACGGCCUGAAGCGCGCACUGCAUGGCAAGGAGGUCAAGACCCACUCGUUCGGGCGCAUGAUCAUCAUGUCCGGCCUGCUGAGCGUGGGCUGGCAUCUCAGCCACCGGGAGACGCACCUCAAGUGGCUGGACCUUACCGCCCCGUCGGCCGAGACACAUGAGGCCUGGAAGAAGACGCUGCUGCGCGCGUUCGACGACUGGAAGAAGAGCUUCGACGCUGCGCAAGGGGCCGCCGGGAACACCACGUUAGCCGAUGCCCCGGGCUCCAACGGCCCGGUCCACAGCGCGGCUGUCCUGUACCACCUGGCCCAAAUCAGUCUCCACGUCGACAUCAUCGACUGCCAGGUCUACGCCGGCGUGAAGCGGCUACUCGGGCGGAAAAUCUCAGUGCGAGACUACGGCAAUGUCGUUGCGCGCAUGCGCGCCUGGUCUGCCCAGCCUUCCACGCGACACGCCGUCCUACACGCCAUCAAACUGCUCCACCGCGUGCUCGUCGACCCACGCCGCAGUCCCAGCGCGGGCGACCGCGAGCGCCAUGACAUUGGCCCAGGAGUCGUCAGCCUCCCGUCUAGAGAUCCCCAACAACAACCACAGCAGCAUCAACAACCACACCAGCAACACUCACAACAGCACCAACCACAAACCUACUCCUGCCGCAGCGAACCCGACCCCCACCGCCCCUGGGUCAUGUACUACGCGGCCCUCUGCAUCUGGUCCUUUGUUCGCGCCAUCAGCCGCCAAGACGACACCAUGCAAGACCCCGGCCCUGGUCCCAGUCACACCCACGGAAAACUCCACCUCCCUGCCAACACCUACCGACGAGUGAACGGCUACCUAUCCAGCACGGCGUCCUUGACAGAAUUGACGGAAAGCAUAGCGAUGGGGUCGGCGCUCCGGGAUGGACUGCCGGAUUUAUUGGAUGUGUUGCGGUCUGUGUUGGCGGAGGCACAUUCGGAGAUUUUGCAAGAGGCGCAGGAAAGGUUGGGGGUUUGUCGGGAAAUGUUAGGGGGGGAAUAA